AUGGGGAAUUGUUUCAAUUAAGAAGAAACCCAUAAUUCAUCUGUAAAAAGAAUUAAAAAAAUUGAGAGUGGCAUAAGUUAAGCUUUACAAGAUACAGAUGGAGGAAAGAUUAGUUUAAGAGAAUUUUUAAGCUAAGGAGAGAUUGGGAGGGUUUUAUAAUGUUUUAAUUUAAGGGUUAAUUUGGUAAAGUACUUAAAGUCAGAAUGAAAAACAAUCAAAGAGAAUAUGCUAUGAAGGUUAUCAAGAAAUAAGACAUUAUAAAUUAUGGAUUGGUAGAACAUACAAUGUUAGAAAAAAACGUGUUAGAAUAUAGUAACAAUCCAUUUGUGAUCAGAUUAUAAUACUCUUUUCAAACUGAACAUAAACUAUAUUUAGUCAUGGAGUAUUUAUAUACAUUUUACAUAAAAGAUUAGUAAAUGGUGGAUAACUAUUAAAGAUAAUUAAUAGAUAACCGCAAAAAAGAUUGUCAUUAUAUCAAGCUUAAUUUUGCACAGCAGAAGUAUUACUAGGUCUUGAAUAUAUGCAUGAUAAACUUAAAGUGAUAUAUAGAGAUUUGAAACCAGAAAACGUUUUAGUAACUGAUGAUGGCCAUCUAAAAUUAACCGAUUUUGGAUUGUCUAAGAAAUACGAAUCAGAUAAUAUGAAAUUCUUUACAGUACUUAAAUAAAAACUUAUCAUAAGUUCAGAUGGCUGGUACACCUGAAUAUCUGGCACCUGAAAUAAUAAACAAUUCUGGACAUAAUCAUACUGUAGAUUGGUGGUGUUUAGGAAUCUUUAUCUAUGAAAUGUUGACAGGAAGAACACCCUUUAUAGACAAUUCAAACAAUAUUCUAAAUAUUGAAAAACAAAUAAAGGAAGGUACUAUUGAAUUUCCAGAUUAUAUAAACGAAGAGUCCUAAGAUAUUAUAUUAAAAUUGUUGAAUAAAGAUCCAAAUUUAAGACUAGGUAAUUCCAGAAAUUAAGUUAAGGUUAUAAAUCCAUCUAAGAUAUUAAAGAUCAUGCUUUUCUUCAGAAUAUAAAUUGGGAUGACAUUGCUAAUUUAAGAAUUAAAUCCCCACUUUUAGGAAUAACUCAUCUUCAAACUCAACCAAAAACAGAUGUUUCAGUUCCUAAAAAGAUUCUUGAAACCCCAUAGUCUUAAGUAGCACAAACAGAAGAGAAUUUUGAAGGUUUUUCUGUUAAUCAUGAAGAAUUUUGA